AUGAUUACAGCCUCAACUUCAGCCCUGAACGAUCACAACUAUUCAAAAGAGAUGGACCCCGGCGAGAAUCCAGAAGACGCGCAGUGUGGGCAACCGAUUCCCGACCAGAAGGCAAAAAACAAAAUCUUAAACGAUCUAAAGAAAGCAUUUGACAGCCAGCGAGUCGAAAUAACCAUGGUUCAAUAUAACUUGCCAGAGAACUGCAAGAAGCCGCCGAUCCGCCCGAGCAGGCUAUUCGAUUGUUUGGUGUGUGAACGCAAGAAGUGGGAGCGAGCCACGGGAAUCAAGAUGAACAUUUGCUUGGGUUGUGGAAAUUUCGCGGAACUAUGGCUACCCAAAUCGCUUAGUCCGAUUUGCGUAGAUUACCUGAGAAGCGAUCGCAGAGUACAACUGGAUUUUGACUACAAAUGUCGAACAUGCCGAUUUCGACGAUUGGUGGAAAACAAUUAUCGAGGAUGGUGGACACGGAAAAGUGAUCUGCUGGCACUCGAUAAAGUCGAGCGCAAACGUUACGAGAAGAUAGCCGCGUUCCAGGUGCUGAUCAUGAAUACGCCGACUGACAUAACACCUGGGAGCUAUCGGUUCCUGAAUGUUCGAGGCCCUGGCGAGGCGGGAAAUGAAGUCGUGGUGGUCGAUGCGGGUUUUAUGCCGUCGCCGAGCCACGACCUGCCGGAUCUGGUGUUCCGUGGCUCGGAGGAGCGCCGUCGCGAGCUCGGGUUGAGCCGUCGUAUGCUCGGCCUCCUCAUUCUGCUCGUCGUCAACGUGUUGUGGGUGCUGUCCUCCGAACUUCUUCGGUAUAUCUUCAUCGAGGAGCACUUCCGCCGCCCGUUCUUCGUGUCGUGGCUGAAGAAUUGCAUGCUGUCCGUCUACAUCCUCCGCUACCUCCUCAAGAAGCCUGGCGAGCCGCCGACCGAGAAGUCCUACAAAAUCCUUCUCGAGGAUCUGGACUUGGGUGACUCGUUGAGCGUCGAAGGGUUCGAAACGAUGACGUCUUCUGAUAACGAGUCGACGCUGGAGGAGACUCGACAGCGAACAAUUCGAUUCGCCGAGCAGAGAGAGGUCCGCCGAAUGCCUGAUCGAGAAGCGGACGCGGCUCGGCACGCGCGACGGCCCUACGAUCCGACAGAAUGCACGAUUUCGUGCUCGUGGACGAUUCAACGGCAUAUUCGAUGGACGCUCCUCUUCUUCGCGCCAAUGUGGCUCGUCUGCUCGUUCACCUUCCAAACGGCGCUCGCCUUCACGUCGGUGGCCGAUCUGAACUUGAUAUCGUCCUCUUCCUCCCUGUUCGUGCUCGUUUUUGCCGUUUGCAUCCCGGUUGACGGGCAGCGCUUCACCCUAACAAAGGCGAUCCUCGUGGCUCUGAACCUCUGCGGCGUGGCCCUGGUCUCCGAGUUUUCGCUCGGGUUUUGGGGAGCGUUUUUCGCGCAGAUCUCUGCAGUCUGCUACGCGCUCUAUCUGACCGCCUACGCCCGCUAUCAAUCGCUCUACGGAACGCUGGACAUUGACUUGAUGUUUGGUUCAAUUGGACUGCUCGCCGUCCUCGUCGGCACGCCGAUGCUGUUCGUCGUCGACGCGGCCAAGUUGGAGAGCCUCUACCCGCUGCCCAAUCAACUUCAAGUCGGCUCGACGCUGUUGGCCGGAGCGUUUGGUACGAUGCUGGCCGACUACCUGUGGCUGCUCGGCGCCGGGAUGACGGAUUCUCUAUCGGCCUCCCUCUCGAUGACCCUAUCGAUCCCGUUCUCCUUUUUGGCGGAUGCAGGGCUUCGUGGCCGAAUCCCGACGGCGAUUGAGCUGAUCGCCGCCUGCCCGAUCACAAUCUCCUUCAUCGGCGCCGCGCUGUUAGAAGGGAAACGCGAAACCUCGCGAUUAGUGCGCACCGACCGUGACGGCGACACCCAGGAGCUGCUCAUAGACACUGACACGGACGAGGGUGCCCUG